UGGGGGCUGGAGAGAGCAUAGCAGGUAAGGUGCUUUUUGCAUGUAGCUGUGUUAAGCCUGGGAAUAUGGAUUCCAAGUAGCAAGACGGACAGAGACAAAACAGGAUAAUGCAAAAGCAGCAGGAGUUUUAUUCUAGUAGACUGGGGUCAACCACCCACAAAGUGGUCUCUUGAUAGCAAUCCAGACCUCAAGCAGCAAGCAGUUUAUAUAGGGUUUGAUUACAUAAGCAGUACAUGCCUUACUGUUUCAGGAAAAAUCUUACGUAGUUACCGAAUAAGGGUAUUUGGCAAGCAUCUAGGGUAUGUGUUGGACUGAGGCUUGCUGUUGUUGGGUACAUUCUCUAUGGUUUCUGGCAUAUUUGAUUGAUUGAGUCCACUCACUGGGCCCAGGAACUUUCCAGGUGGGUUUAGGUUGGCUAGUUACACAUUGUUGGAUUCCUGGGAAACAAACUAUUACAGUUCCAGGAACUGAACCUGAGGCCUGGCUGAUUUUGCUGAUUUCUGCCGCAUGUCAUGGCUUCAAUUUCCCCCUUACAGCUGACCUGAGUUUGAUCGUCAGCAUCCCUUAUGGUCCCCUGAGCACAGCCAGGAGUGACCUCUGAGUGCAGAGCCAGGAAUAACCCUUCAGUAUUGCUGGACUCGACCCAAAAGUCGAAGAAGGGGCUGGCGAUCCAUUGGCAGGGAGAUGCUUCCAAGGCAGCCACCUCAGCCUCUGGCCUGGCUGCUUCCCCUUCUCCUCACAUCCCGUCAUUUAGGGGGAUGGAGGUGACGGGCUGUGGAGACAGGCAUGUGGGCUCUGACGGCCUCCCACUUUGCAUUCUCGGCCCCUGGCAGGAUUGGAGCCCUGUGGCUCUCACGCUAGCCUUGGGGCUUCUGGAUGCAGUCAGCACCGUGGACAGCACCCACACUUGCUCCCAGUGUGAGGCAAGACUGUGGGGGUGCAGUUGCAGAGCCCCCACCUCAACCCACUUGCUGGCCAGAGCAAAGACACGCACCCACCUCAGAGCUUUCCAGAUAUGACGUCUGACAAUGGCCAUCAAAGCUCAUUUUCCAGAGGAGCAAAAGUCCUGGCCAGAGCUUGGGCACUGGGCACCAGAGGCCGUGGAGCUGCUGCAGAGACCAGCCCGGGCAGAGGGGCCUGUGUGGGCACUCUGGGGGAAGCCCACACAGAGGAAGGGUCUCCCAUCUGACCUCGGUUUGGGUCAGGGGUGGUGGUGAGCACACUGGCAGGAGGGCAGCUGUGGUCUCUGGGUUGCCAGGCAGGCAGCACAGAGGAAGUUUACCCCCAGCCCCACCUGUCACGGUGACACUCCUCUAGCAGUUCCAUCCUUAAAAGUGGCCUUGGCAGUUGCUCAGGGCCCCCAGCUUCCGUUUCCUCCUCUCAAAUGAGCACAAUUACACCCGGUCUCCCCGACCCCCCCUCUCCUUGUGGCUAAUUGGAGACUGCAUGUAGCUUGGGGGAGUGCCCAUGCCUGCAGCUGGUACACAGCACCGCCCUCCCCCCACCCAGUCAGCUCUCAUUUCCCACCACCAGAAUGGCCCUUCCUGGGUGCCACCCCCUCAGCCCUCUCCAGGUGGCCAGCCUGGAAGCCCAUCGGAUAUAGCCCUGCCCCCGGCCAAUAAAAGCACCCUUGCUGGCCGCCUCACGCCACUGGCCUCUGCCACUUGCCUGCUGGCUGCAGCUGGCCAAGGCUGCAGCAUGUGGGGUGCAGGGCUUGCACUAGCCCUCCUCACAGUGCCUCUGGCCGUGUGCAUGGACUCCAACGGUGUCUGGUGCUACGAUGCCCAGGAUCCAAAGUGUGGUCCCACCCACUGGAAGGAGGUGGCCCCUGCCUGCGGGGGCCCAGCACAAUCCCCCAUCAAUAUCGACCUUCACUUGGUACAGCGGGACCCAACCCUUGGGCCCCUCAUCUUCCAGGGCUAUGACUCGGCACCUCCAGGACCCUGGACCCUGGAGAACAAUGGCCACACAGUGCUUCUCCACGUGGAUAGCGGCCCACAGAGCCUCCUGCGCAUGUGGGGUGCAGGGCUGCCGGGGCCAGCCUACCGGGCUCUGCAGCUGCAUUUCCACUGGGGGCGUCCCGGGCGUUCAGGCUCCGAGCACAGCCUGGGCGGGCAGCGCCGCUCUAUGGAGAUGCAUGUGUUGCAUAUGAACACGCGGUACCAGAGCCUGGGGGAGGCCCUGGGUCACCCUGAUGGGCUGGCAGUAUUGGCAGUGCUCCUGGCGGAGCAGGUUUCAGACAACGCCAACUUCUCGACUCUGGUGUCCCAGCUGAAGAAUGUGUCCGAGCCUGGGACUUCUGUGAAUCUGGUGUCCACCUUCCCGCUGGCCUCGCUGCUGCCCAGCACCUCGCGUCACUUGCAUUACUUCCGCUACUCGGGGUCCCUGACCACGCCUGGCUGCCAGCCCACGGUGCUCUGGACAGUCCUUGAGGAUGCAGUGCCCAUCGGUCAUCUGCAGGUGGCCCAGUUCCAGAGUGUGCGCCUGACUGGCCGCCGGGGUUCGCACCCCUUACGGUUCACAGAGAACUUCCGCCCACAGCAGCCACUCGGGGGACGUAGGGUCUCUGCCUCCCCAGGAGUUUACAUCCCAGCCACAGCCCCCAGCCCUGCCCCCGCCCAGGCCCUUGUGUGCAGAGCUUUGCUGGGCCUGGGGCUCAGCCUGGGGCUCUGGCAGGGCCCCUUGGGACCAGACUGACUUCAUGCCCUCAAUAAACUGUACAGAGUGACCUUGGC